CCGGGACGUCACACGUCCUGGUCCUACAGUAAUAACUGCACCGCCACAGCGGAAACUGUGGAAGCAUCGUACCUUCUGUGUUUAAAUUUCUACCUUCUUUUGAUCAUCAUCAUUAAACAAGUUCAAGACUUAGACAAUGUGGUGAUUGAAGGGCGAGUAAACUGUCUGUUGAUUCACUUCUCACAGUUCUCACAGUGAUGGACAUAGGCUGUGCUUGAUCUGUACACCACAACACCGUCACAGCAGCCACAGCAUCCACCACAGCAAAACUGAAGGUACUAACACACUUAGUUACUUAUCUAGCAACACAACAAUGUCUGAAUGUUCAUUGAAGACCAGAUCUAGGGUGUCAUGCUCAUCUAGACACUCCUAUCGAUCCCAUGCUUUAGAGACAGCAGCACUGGCCAGAGCUGAAGCAGAGGCCAUCAGAGCACAAAUAGCCUUUGCUGAACAAAAAGCACAUAUAAAGAAAGAAAAGGCAUGUCUAGAAGCUUUACUAGAAGUGCUGAGUUUGAAAAAAUCUGUAGCAGCGGCAGCUGCAAAAGCAAAAGUGUUAGAGGCUGCAAUACUGACUGACUAUGACAUCAGUGAUGAACCUGACAUCCAGUUCGACCUAAAGCCUGAAACUGUUUUACAGCAAACUCAAGACUAUGUACAUGAAUGUUCCCAGACACUCAGCCCUCCCAAUCCAGUCCCAAGUCGGGUAAACAAGUAAAACGCAUACACACUGUGUACGUGAAUGACUCUAGGAAGUUCUGCAGAUGGCGUGGCAAAGACUUGACGAGUGCUACGGGGCUCCCGAGAUCAUAGAGGAGUCACUGUGGAAAAGAAUUGAUGGCUUUGGGAAAAUCUCCAACAAAGAUCACCAGAGGCUCAGAGAGUUAGGAGACCUGCUGAUGGAACUCCAAGCUGCAAAGGAGGAAGGUGACUUUCCAGGCUUAGCUGUUCUUGAUACAGCUCGAGGUAUAAACAGCAUUGUGCAAAAGCUGCCAUUUUUCCUGCAAGAGAGGUGGAUGACUCAGGGUUCUAAUUAUAAAGAGCUGCAUCAUGUGCAUUUCCCACCAUUCUCUUUCUUUGAGAACUUUGUCAUCCAACAAGCAAAGAGGCACAAUGACCCAGGAUUUUUUCUGGCUCCUCAAAGCUUUGAUGGCCAGAAACUAGAGAGAGACUUUCACAAGAAUGCCACUCACAGAACUCCUGUUUUAGUGCACAAGACUGUCAUUCCUUCCGCUACACCAUCACAGAAGGAGUCCACCAAUCCCAAGACGACAGAUCUUACCCAAGGUUGUCCCAUACAUCACAAGCCUCACUCUCUGCUUAAAUUCCGUGGCUUUAGGACAAAACCCUUGGAGGAAAGAAAGACUUUCCUAAAGCAAAAUAACAUUUGUUAUUGUUGUUGUGCAUCUACUUCACAUGUGGCAAAGGACUGUGGUAAGAUUAUCAGCUGUGCAGAAUGCAAUAGUGAUAGACGUGUAUCUGCCCUGCAUCCUGGUCCCACUCCCAUGGACUGUGAAAGCUCCAGCUGAGGGAGAGCAUGGUGGGGAGGGACAGGAAAGAAGAACAGCAGCAACAGUAAUGGCUAUGUGUACUGAGGUUUGUGGAGGAAACCAUAAGGGCCAGUCAUGCUCAAAAAUCUGCUUAGUCAAUGUCUUUCCUACAGGGCAUAGGGAAAGAGGGAUCAAACUGUACGCAAUCUUAGACGAUCAAAGUAACAGAUCAGAGUUUUUUUAGCUUUUUGGGUCAAAGAGCCACCAAUUUCCCUAUUCUCUCAGAACCUGUGCACAUUGCCUUUGAAAGAACUAAAGAGGAUGACAAGAUGACUCCGUCCUUCAGCGAGCUCACCUUCAUGGAAAUGAUGAGGGUAGGCUUCUACAGGGACGAUGGCAACAGCUGGGUUACCCCACUGCCUUUUAACCCACAAAGACAGCGCCUGCCAAAUAACAAGACCCAGGUUUUACAUCGUUUUAGGUCUUUACAAAGGUCCUUUAGGCUGAAGCCUGAUAUGAAAGAACACUUCUUUGCAUUCAUGGAGAAAGUGAUCCAGAAUGGCCACGCAGAAGUACUGCCACCCCUUGAUAUUGACCAGGCACAGGAUAUCUUUGAAUGGUGGAUGAAAUUGCAUAUUUUGGCAACAGCCCUUCACCAGCAAUAGCUAUAUUUGGCCUCAAAUGCACUGCACGUGAAGAAGAAAAAGAGUUUGAUGCAGACACUAGAGUAUUUGUUGAAAAAUACUUUUACGUUAACGACGGACUAAAGUCCGUACCCACUACAACACAGGCCACUGACCUCUUGAAAAGGGCAAGAGAGAUGCUUGCAUGCUCCAACCUUCAUCUACAUAAGAUAGAAUCUAGUAGUGGUCAUGACGGCCUUCCCUUCUGAAGAAUUCAACAGCAAGGCAAGUUCAGAGCCUGGCCAAGGUCUUUUGGGACAGAUGGUGUAAACAAUAUCUGUCUACUCUGCAGGUAUGAAAGAAGUGGCAAUCAGACAGGCCUAAUAUCCAGCCAAGUACCAUUGUACUUCUGAAAAAUCACCAAUCCAGGCAGAUUGAAUGGCCCAUGGGUCGAGAGACUAAGACUUUCCCUGGAGAUGACAGUAGGGUCUGUAAGGUAGAGGUAGAAGUUUAGGUUUAUUUGUUAGACCAGUUACAGAACUCAUCUUGCUUUGACCUUCAAUGUUUAGGUUAAAUUGUGGUACCUCCUAAAGAUACCAGGCGGGGAGUGUGCUGCGACAGCAGUAGUUCUGUCCACAUUUUAGAUACAGCAAUUUAGUUAAGUGUUGCAAAUCUCUUCAUAUGUAACAUUUUUUUUAUAUGUAUUGGGCUUUAUGUCCCUCCCUCUCUCCUCUGGCCACUUAUAGUACUGUGCCCUUGCUGCUGUAUAUUAUUUACUUUGGUAUUCACUCUGCCACAUCUCAUUACAUCACUUCCUAGUCCUGAGAGGAAGCAGCCAUUUCUGUUGUAACAGUCACUUUGCAGGGCUGGUGAAAACAGCACCCACACUCAUCUCUAAGCAAGCCUAUCCAAGCAUCGUUGGUAUGUUUGAAAUUUGUUUAAUGCCUGCUUAUUAUAAGCUGUUUAUUUUGCUGUUUUGUGCAUUCUGGUUGUAGUUGUGAUUCACUAUUUCUCCCUUAGCAGCCACCUAUUAGGCCCCACUAGGACUGUAUAAUGCAUAUCAGAUGUUUAUAUAUGCUUCUAUUGUAUUUCAUAUGUAUUUUACAUACCCAGAAUGUAUUCUGAUACCAUUGUACUGUUCAAAACGUAUACAGUGUGGUGACUGAAGGGCGAGUAAACUGCACUUUGAUUCACUUCUCACAGUGAUGGGAACAGGACAGUCCUUCAAACAGCUAACUAGUCCACUGCUCUAUUAACCUAGAACUUUCUUACCUGCUUUGCUAACUUUUCUAACGUUCUAACGUCCAAUGCAUCUUUCAUGUCUUUCUCAUAUUCCUGCAUCUGGGCCACUCUUGGAUCUAGGCCCAGAUUUGAACGUUUGAACAUGAUGGACGUAUGUCUUUUUUCAACCCAACUUACUAUGUUACUAUGAUUUGUGGCGAGGCCACAAAGGCCUGGGCCUAGGGCGGCAAGAAUUUAGGGGCAGCAUGCUGCCAAAGUUUGGCAUGGUCCUCUCAGUCAAAACAAUGCCCACUUCCUAUUCAUGUGGAGAGGAAAAAUGCAAACACAUUGCGCUGUCAGGCAGGGAUCUUGUAUAUAUGUAUUUAUUUUUUAGGAAGAGUAGAUUUUACUGGGAGCCAAGAGAGAAAUUGAUAUGUGGGUGAGAUGAUGCGGGCGGCAGCAGUGAAGAUGGAUUGCAGAGGGGUGGAUAUAAGAUUCUGGGAGACCAGCUAGAAAUAUAUUGCAGUUGUUUAAACAUAGAUUCUUACCAGCUUCUCUGGGGACAGUGAGCAUGUGCAGUGUCACUGACAUUUGGGGGCACAUUUAUUAAGCAAUUAUGGCAAAGUCAGAUUUUUUUUC